AAUUUUUGGCACGCAUCAUGUAUCCAUAUUUCCAUAAGCCACGGUUGCAAGCAACAAACGAGAACCCUAGUAAUCAACGUCUCCUUGUAGUCAUCACCUCCAGGCGUCUCCCUCCUACCCCUCCCUGCCCCCGGCGACGGUAACACAGAGCACCGAGCGUUCCGUACCGAGUCGCCGCCGCUGGCGGCAACCGAUGCUGUCGCUCCUGGAGUUGGUGUGGUGAUUCUGUUUCCAUCCGAAUCUCGGACGAAUUAUCGUCUCCGAGGUAAUAAAGAGCUGUCAUAUCUGCUCUUUUGCUCUGUUGCUUUUGAGCUCUGAUGCCGAUUCCCGAAGAUCCUCUGUGUUGAGCAGCUCAGAAUAUGCUUGAAAUUCUUGUUUCAGCUGAACUGUGACUCUUUUAUUAAUUUGCCAAACUUAAAGAGAGUAGUUGUGUUGUAGAAGAUAUGGGUUUCGCGGUUGCCCCACAGAGUUCCAUGGCCGAUGCGUCUCUUCCGCAUCUUCUGCACCGGGAUUCUAAACAAGCUAGCCGAAGUUCUGGACCUUGUGGUAUCAAUUGCUUUUCAAGAGAGACAGGAUAUGCUUUUCGGACAAGUACCUCAAUUAAGUGUGAUUAUAGUUUCCGUCAGACAAAUGGUUAUCUCAGUGUUCGAAGAAAUGUGGGCUCUUUUCAGUGUGGAGUUUUACAAAGAAGCUUUCGCACUUUCGAGGAAGAUGACAUCGACCAAGAUGAGUGUAGUUCAGAAGGCUACGAAAUGAUUGCUCCGAGAAAAAGCAGUGUUAAGACGAAUUUGAGGAAAACUUCCAGUUCGUCGCGCCGGUCUUCAGAUGGAUCAUUUGUCGGAAACGAUGAGGAAACCAACAAUGAAAUUCUUCAAAAUCUCUGCAGUAGGGGGAAACUGAUGACUGCAUCGCAGUUGAUAGAUGUCAUGGGGCGCCGGAAUCAAAUUCCCCACUUCCCUUCCUGCGUAAGCUUGAUCAGAGGUCUCGUUAGAAUUAAUAGAAUAGAGAAAGCAGGCAAAGUUCUUAGAAUCAUGGUCUUAUCUGGUGGGGUUCCUGAUGUGAUCACAUGCAACAUGAUGAUCGGUAGUCUUUGUAAGGAAGGGCUUUUCGGAUCUGCUGUUGACCUCUUAGAAGACAUGAGCUUAAGUGGCUGUCCUCCAGAUGUCAUAAGUUACAACACUAUUGUCCGCUGCAUGUUUGGCAAUGGUUAUUUUGAUCAGGCUAUUGGUUUUUGGAAGGACCAAUUGAGGAAGGGAUGCCCACCUUACCUGGUCACCAAUACCAUACUUAUCGAGUUAGUAUGCAGGCACUGUGGAGUUGUGCGCGCCAUUGAAGUUUUGGAAGAUUUGGCUAUGAAUGGUUGUCAUCCUGAUAUGGUUACCUAUAAUUCGCUUGUAAAUUUUACUUGCAAGCUGGGGAAUUAUGAAGAUACAGCUCUAGUCAUGCAUAAUCUUUUAUCUCAUGACAUGAAACCUAGUACCGUAACUUAUAACACUCUCCUUCAUUCUCUUUGCACCCAUGGCUUGUGGAAUGAAGUAGAUGAAGUCCUUACAAUAAUGAGUCAAAGUUCACGUCUUCCGACGGUUGUUACUUACAAUAUUUUGAUCAAUGGUCUGUGUAAAUUUGGAUAUCUAGACCGCGCAAUCGACUUCUUUGAGCAGAUGGUUCAGAAAAAGUGUUGCCCUGAUAUAAUAACAUAUAACACCCUUCUAGGUGCUCUUUCUAAAGAGGGUAUGGUGGACGAGGCCGUUCAACUACUUCACUUUUUGAGUGGUACUAGCUGUUCUCCAGGUUUGAUCAGUUAUAAUGUCGUCAUUGAUGGUUCGGCUAAAUUGGGUGAGAUGGGUAAAGCGAAGUUAUUAUACAACGAGAUGAUUGAAGCUGGGAUUAAUCCUGAUGACGUCACACAUCGAUCUUUGCUUUGGGGGUUCUGCCGAACUGAUUUAUUCGACGAGGCUAUGGAUAUGUUGGGCGAGAUGAAUAGGAGAAAUCACAGAGUUGGUAACAGUGCAUACAGAUUCCUGAUCCAUGGACUAUGUAAAAAUGAGAAAGUCAGCUCUGCAAUACAAGUACUGGAAAAGAUGAUAUCAAGUCAGUGUAAGCCGGAUGAGACCAUCUAUUCUGCCAUAAUAGAAGGUUUAGCUGCUGCAGGGAUGACAAAAGAGGCCCAUGAACUGCGUCGAAAACUGAUAGAAUGGGGCCUUCUUUCUCAAGAGGCAGUGGUUAACUAGGACUGCAUUAUAACUUGAGCCUUAAGGUGUCUCUGAGCUCUCAGAUAGCCAUUUUAAUGAGUGAAGCUGCAUAGCAUGUGAGCUCCACCUCAGCAAUUUCUUUGUCCUUAUUUUACUGUUUCUUCACAGUGGCUCGCCUAUCUGUGGAUUCCAUAGAUUUUGACAAAUGUUAACUCACAAAGUAUCCCUUCUGAUGUCUCUUUUGCUGGUUUCGCAAGCCGGGAAAUUUUUAUGGUAACUGCUUAUUUGAGGAAAGUUUUGGCCUAGUCCUUCCUCUUAUCGCAUAGUUUCAAAAUUUUACUUCUUAGGAUAUCUGUCCCGGGGCUUUGACUUGAUGGUCCGAGGACUUACUACAUGGUUUAAGUCUUUGAACAAGUAAGGUGAUGGUUGCCUUGAUUUUUUGUAGAAAUAAUACUGUGGUUGGCGUUCAAACUAGUUUUGAUGAUAAUUUAUUGCUACUCGUGCA